AUGUCGCCCACACAUCGUAACUACUGCUGCUGCUGCAUCCCAUACCGCGUUGCGGUCUUUAUUGUCUCCCUCUUUGCCCUCGCCUUUGGAGGCGGGACUAUCUGGAGCUUUGUCCGCUCUGGCAUGACAGACUCUACGACAAAGUGGGCAUCAUACAUCCUGGGAGGCGUCUACAUCCUCCUGGGCGUGUCCGGCAUGUUCGCAGUCCUCAUCAAGAAAUACGCCGUCGCCAAGAACUUCUCCGUCCUCUGGUGGAUCGCCACCAUCCUGAUCACCAUCCUCUCUGUCCUCGGGAUCGUCCUCCUCGCUACCCGUGAACAAGACGAUGUCAAGGCUCUCUGCCAGAUUGCCAUUCUCGGGGAUAACCCCAAGUACGCUGGCGAUACCCCUUACUCUGCCACGGAUCUGGCUGAUGAUGUCGGAUCCUGCUAUAGGACGACCAUGAUUAUUGUUGGCGUUUGUACGAGUGUACAACUGUUUUUGAUGAUUGUUGGUGGGUCGGUCGCGAGCUCGUACACGAGUGAGGUUAAGCAUCGCAAGAAUGGGUUGACUUACACCUAUGGCCAGGGCUAUGCUUUCUUGCAGCCUCAGCCCCAGCCUGCCAUGCAGCAGGCUGUGCCCCACCCUCAGUACCAGAAAACUCACCCCUACCAGCACAUCGGAUAA